ACAAACAGUCACUUUGUUUUCCUUUUUAUUUAAAUAAAAUUCCCCUAACAUAAAUCCACAAACUUCAUCUCCAUUUUCUCUAUUCUCUUUUUCCAAUAUAUUCCACUAAUUUCCAACAUCCAAUUGUCAAACAUGGAGAUAUUGUCACAAAUCUGGUCCUUCUUAGGCCUUCUAACAGUUCUCCAAAACGUUUUGCCCACUCAGCUCAUAUCAUUGCUUCACUCUUCCUAUGAAUCUAUUCAAGAUUUCUUCAGCCCUUAUUCCUACUUCGAAAUCCCUGAAUUUAAUGGAUAUUGUGGCGUUGACGUUAACGAUCUUUAUCGACACGUAAAUCUUUAUUUGAACUCCAUUAAUUCUUCUUCAACUUGCCGUCGUCUUACCGUCUCUCGCUCCAAAUCUUCCAACCGCAUUUCAUACACCGUGGCGCCUAAUCAGACUGUCCACGAUGUUUUUCGAGGUCACCACCUUUCUUGGACGCAUCAGAUCGAUAACGUUCAGGACUCUGUUGAGGAGAAGCGUAGCUUCACUCUCAAACUUCCUAAACGUUAUCGCCUCGAACUCCUCACCCCUUACCUCGAGCAGUUAACUGCUCGAGCUGAGGAGUUCGAGAGGGUUUCUCGUGAAAGGAGACUGUUCACGAACAACGGUCAUGGUUCGUAUGAAUCUGGCUGGUCUUCUGUCCCCUUUCGCCACCCUUCCACAUUCGAGACGCUUGCCCUCGAGCCGGAGCUGAAGACGCAACUCAUGGAUGACCUAACUGCAUUUUCUGAAGGGAAAGAGUUCUACCAUAAAAUCGGUCGUGCAUGGAAGCGUGGCUACUUGUUAUAUGGACCUCCAGGAUCAGGAAAAUCGAGCCUCAUUGCCGCCAUGGCAAACUUCCUUUGCUACGACGUGUAUGAUCUCGAGCUCAGCAAAGUCUCUGACAACUCUGAGCUCAGAGCUUUACUUAUACAAACAACAAAUCGAUCCAUCAUCGUGAUUGAGGACAUCGAUUGUUCUAUCAACCUAACGGGAGAUAGGAUGGCUAAAACAAGGAUUAAUAACCAUUCAAUGCACAAGAAGAAUCGAAGUGUCAUUAGUGAUAAUGCAGAAGACAAUGGACGUGUGACAUUAUCAGGCCUGUUGAACUUCACCGACGGUCUAUGGUCGUGUUGUGGAGAAGAGAAGGUGAUAGUUUUCACUACAAAUCAUAAAGACAAUGUAGACCCAGCGUUGGUUAGAUCUGGGAGAAUGGACAUGCACGUUAGCCUUGGCACGUGUGGGAUGCAUGCCUUCAAGGUCUUGGUGAAGAAUUACCUAGGGUUAGACUCGCACGUGCUGUUCGACGUGGUGGAGAGCUGUAUAAGAUCAGGUGGGACCCUCACGCCAGCUCAUAUAGGAGAGAUCUUGUUGAGGAACAGGAGGGAUGCUGACAUGGCGGUGAAGACCGUGUUGACCGCCAUGCAAGGGAAGAUUUUGGGUGCUGACGUGGAUGCAAUAGAGGGUGGACACGAGUAUGAUGACAUGGCAAUGACACCGGAGCGUAUAGGCCGGAGGCUAAUGGAGUCACCGGAGAAUUGGCCGGAAGGUUCACCAGAGAAAAAGAAGAAGAAAGAAGGAUCAAAUGUAAAAUUCUUAGUUAGACUUAGAUCGUUGACCAAGUCUGACUCAGGGAGAAGGGGUGUAUAAUUAAUAGAUGAUAAUCAAUCUAACUCAUUUUUAAGUUAGGUUAAUCUGUUAAUUAAUGAGCUGCUUAUAAUAUGUAAUGUUGAAGUAUAUCUUAGUACCACGUACUACUACUCUUUGAAAUAGAAGUUUUGGCUGGAUUUGCCCACCCCAUUUUAUUUAGA